AUGGCGGCGGAGGCGCAGCCCCAAAUCGUGGUCGAGGUGGCCGACCAACCACCUUCGCCGAGACGACCGAGCCGCGCGUUGAAACCGAGCGCGAAAGCUCGCGAAGCCAUGCAAUCGCUCGAGGACGUGGCUACCACGUCGAGGAGAGCGGCGAGCGAGACCACGCGGGCGGUUACGACGCGAGGAGCACGCGCGUCUGGGAUUUUAUAUGGAGCCAACAGCCGGAUCGAGACGGGGAAGUCAGGUAUACAGAUGCUCCUGGAGGCGAUCAACGAACAACGAGACGAAAUGUACCGAAUGAUUACCGAGCAGCGAAACACGAUUGGCGAACUACGCGAAGUGAUUUGCAAGCAGCACGACGCGAUUCAAGAACUACAUCGCCAACUUGCAGACACCAGGACCCAGCUUUCUGAAGAACUGAGACAAGCGCGGGAUCAGAUUGAUACCCUUCAACGCCACCCGGUAGCCAUGGCUUCGUCCCAACCAAGCGCAAGAGGGUCAUACGCCGAAGUCGCUCGCACCCCACCAUCAAGCCAGCCAAGCGGUGUGCGCACCCUCUCCUCGCGAAACACGACGCCUUCAUCCUUUACCGACACGUUGUUCUGUACGAUCGAUACAUCUAGGGUGGAGGAGAAAGAGAAGGGAAACGUCCAGGUGGCGGACAUUAGAAAGGCAAUCGAGACAGAGGCCAGGGCACAGGAAAGCAUGGGAGACUGGCGUUGCGCUGCGGUUGUGAAGGAGGCCCGAAACCCGGACCGAGUCAGAGUAAUUUGCAGGGACGAAGGCGAGGUCCAGCUCGUCAAGGAAGCGGCAGUGAAGAUCAGUGUUCCUGGAGUGCGGCGGUCCUCGAUGCGGACAGGAAACAUCCUGCCGGGAGCCGCAGAGGCGCUAGGGACAGAGAACGACGUCAACAUUGCGAAGAUUGCCUGGCUCAGCAGGAAGGAUACAAGCAAGGCCUACGGCUCGAUGGUUGUCUACGUGACGAAGGGCAGCGAAGCAAGGCGACUUCUAGACGGGCGUUACUUCCAUCUCGUCGGAGAAUGCCGCUUACACGACCGAUUUUCGCGUCCACCGGGAAGGCCCAAUCACAGUGCUAGCCAAGAUGCACAGACGCUUAAGAUCCUUCAGCUCAACGUCCGCAAACGGAGAGAAGUGCAGCAGAGUCUGCUAAACGACGAGGGACUCAAGGACUUCGCAGUGCUGGCCAUCUCUGAACCAUAUGCCAGGCUGAUCGAAGGCUCGGUGACGACGGUCCCAAUGAGUCAUCACAACUGGACGAAGCUGAUACCAACGACAAGACGAGAAGCCACGUGGCCAAUUCGGAGCAUGCUAUGGGUACGAAGCCGAUAUAGAGGUCGAGCAGAUUCCAGUGCCGUCGGCAGACCUCACCGCAGCACGCAUUCGGCUCCCAGAUCGGGCAGUGCUGAUGGUGUCAGUCAGACCAACUACUCAGAUGCGCGAUUCACCUCCUGCGACCAUGGCUCAGACCACAGAGCAAUCGAGACAGCUUUUGACACCUCGGUGGAGGACCGUCCCAGUGAGACGAGGUUCCUCUUCAAGAACGCGCCCUGGGCGGAAAUUAGGACUAGGGUGGCAGCAAACCUCGAACGCAUCCCCUGGGACGGCAAUGUCCAGCAGCAGACGGACAGGCUCAUGGCAGCGGUAACCGAGGCGGUCUACGGCCUGACACCUAAAGCCAAGCCCUCACCAUACGCCAAGCGGUGCACCAGAGCUCGAACAACGAGCCAGGAUGGCAGGCCAAAGAGUACCACGACGCCAUCCGCAGACAGAAGAGUUCGCAUUGGAACGACUUCCUGGCCGAUGACGCUAACAUCUGGGCAAGCAACGAAGUAUCUGCAAACCGGCAGCGGCACGAUGGGCGAUAAGAUACCCCCGCUCGUCCGACCCGAUGGCUCCAUCACGGAGGGUAAAGCAGAACAAGCGCAGGAGUUACUCACCGCCUUCUUCCCACCUUUGCCAGCGAGAAUCGAAGACGAGGGCCAACGACCUCAACGGGCGCCGGUACACAUGCCAGACCUAACAAUGGAGGAGAUAGAACAAAAGGUCCUGUCCGCUAAGCCAUGGAAGGCGCCCGGGGAAGACGGUCUACCGGCAAUGGUAUGGAGACAGCUCUGGCCAGUGGUCAAAGACAGGGUGCUCCAUUUAUUCCGGACGUCGCUUCGAGACGGCGACAUCCCCAGCCAGUGGAAGAAUGCCAAGAUCAUCCCAUUGAAGAAGCCAGGGAAGAGCGAUUACACUCUAGCCAAGUCCUGGAGACCCAUCUCGCUGCUCUCCACGCUAGGUAAGAUACUAGAGGCAGUCAUUGCGGAGCGUUUAUCCCAUGCUGUGGAGACCUGCGGCCUUCUACCCGCCAACCACUUCGGAGCCAGGAAGAGACGCUCGACCGAACAGGCUCUCCUUCUGCUUCAGGAACACAUCUACAAAGCAUGGAGAGCUAGGAAGGUGCUCAGUUUGAUCAGCUUCGAUGUCAAGGGCGCAUACAAUGGGGUCUUCAAAGACAGGCUUCUCCAGAGGCUCAAGGCAAGAGGGAUACCUGAACCCCUGGUCAAGUGGAUCGACGCCUUCUGCUCCAAGCGCACAGCGACCAUUGCCGUAAACGGGUUCACAUCUGGACGGCAAGAGCUGCCCCAAGCGGGUCUUCCGCAAGGAUCGCCGCUGUCUCCAGUGUUAAGAUCGGGGCCCUGGGCCAUCACGGGAGCCUUUCGAACCGCGGCAACAGCCGUGGUGGAAGCUGAAGCGAGCAUCUACCCUGUACGAGAACGACACGUCCAGGCGGCAGCCAGUCUGUGGAUCAACAUCCACACGCUGCCCGGAACGCAUCCCCUUGCCAUGAAGAAAGUCCGGACCACCGUACGAUUCGUAUCUCCGCUGCAGAAAAUUGCCCGCGUGGCUGAAGGAGUACGAGUUGACCGGAUGGAGACAAUCCAGGAAUACGCCGUCCCGCCCUGGGUACCUCGCCUACGACCGACGCUCGAAGCCGAUCGAGGGAAGGCGGCCGAGAUGGUCAACAAAAUCUCGGGAAUCGUGAUCGCAACCAGCUCAUCCGUAAAGAAGGGCAUUGUUGGCAUGGGCGGCCUUGCACGGGAUACUCUCUUCAACAGAACUAGCGAGACUGUGACAAACUAUGCUGUUGUUCUUGGGACAAGGGAAGAGCAGAACCCAUAUACAGCAGAGCUAGCAGCCAUCGCAAUGGCCCUGGAGAAGUUACCGGCUAGCAUCUGCCACAGGCACAUCACCGUGAUCACUAGGAACCAGUCAGCGCUGGCAGCAGUUGGACAGCCGCGGCAGCAAUCCGGCCAAAGCAUCAUACGGCAAAUUUACGACUUGGCCAGGCUGCACCGACAAAGAGGGAACUCGGUCAACUUUCUGUGGAUACCAGCGGAGAUUGACUUCGCGCUGGGGUCAGAUGCCAAGGCAGCAGCCCAGAGAGCGUCGAAGCAAGGACGCACACCCGACUCCCAAAUACCCCAGGCCAAGUCUACCGCGAUGAGGCUGGCAAUGGAAAGACAACGGGCGACAAGAGUUCUACCUGUAAGCGUGGGCAAGUUCUCAAAGGCCAUGGACGCAGCACUACCAGGCAAGCACACGCGCCAUCUCUAUGACAAGCUGAAGCGAAGGGAGGCCUGCGUAUUGGCGCAGCUCCGAACCGGAAUGGCGAGACUGAACGGUUUUUUGAGCAGGAUUGGGGCGGUCGAGUCAGACCUUUGUGCCUGUGGACAAGCGAGGGAAUCAGUGGAACACUUUCUUUUCCGAUGCCUUAGCGAUCCUACCGGUAAGCGACCGCCGCCUUCUGCCGUCAAGCCCCAACGCGAGAGCAGCAAUUCGAGAUCCAUCGCCACCUUCUUCAAUCUCAAUGCGAACAACGCCGAGGAUCAGAGGAUGGCCAACCACUUGAUCAGCGCGUUCGAUAGAGCUGAGUUUCAACGAAGGAUUGUAAGAUGGCUCAUCAGCGCCAAUCUUCCUUUCCGCACAGCUGAACACCCUUAUCUUCGCGAUGUCUUCUCCUACCUCAACCCCUCUGUCGACAUUCAAAAAGCCAACCUCUCCGAGAAGACUGUUCACGCCCUCGCUGUACGAGAGGUUGAGCGGCAUAAGGAUGCGGUGGUUAAGACGCUCCAGGAGAGCCCCGGGCUGGUUCAUCUAGUCUUCGAUGGAUGGACUUCACGCAACCGCCUCUCUCUCUACGGCGUGAGCGCAGUCUUCCGAGACGAAGAGGGCACGCCUCACAAGAUUGUGCUCGGUCUGCCAGAGAUGAGUGACCGGCAUACGGGUGAGAACAUCGCGGAGGCCAUCCUCGAUGUUAUUAGAAACUAUGGUAUUGAAAAGAAGAUUGGCUACUUCACUGUCGACAACGCUACAAAUAACGACGCCGCGUUGAAAAUAAUCGAAUGUGAUGCCUUUGAGCGAGAAGUCUCUACUAGCCUACUCACUACUCAACAUGAGCAUGAGCAAUGGAGGAGGAAAGGCCCCAUUGGAGGUCAACAGGUCAGACCUCUGGACCAAGAAGCUCAUCUCGGCGCAAGAGCAACGGAUCCGAGAAGCCUCCGAAGCCUUUUCUACGAGACCUUCCUCUUUGAGGCGAAGCUUCACGUUGACUCGCAGUUCCGGACGACAGCAGGCACUCUAAAGAAAGGCGCGAAGGAGCCGCUCUUCUUAAAUGAGGAGAACAAGUUGACCGCGAACGACUGGGAGGUCAUCUCUGUGUUGAAAGAGAUCCUUCUCGACUUUGAGCUCGUUGUGAAAGCUCUUCAGGGCGACGGUCAACCUCGUGAGAAGAAGCGCAGCUCCUGCGAUGAGCCGAUCAGUCUACUCGACAAAUACUACGAGAAGAUCGGCCAGUCUCCUCUCAUCUACGCUGCCCACCGCAUUGCACCCUCGGCACCGAUGAGGGUAGGUUCGAGAGCGUGGCGUGAGCAUCACGCUGACUGGAUCGAGCCAGCGAAGUUACAAGUCCGAGAACUCUGGAGGCAACAAUACCGAGACCUACCAGUCGAGCAGAAAGAGGCUUCAGAACCACCCACGAAAAUCCCCCGCCUCUCGAGCAACAGGUUCGCAAUCUUCAGAACCCAGGAGCGAACUCCAACAAACUCAGCACCCACCUCUCCUUCACCCUUUCCAUCGCCAGCGCUGGUCGAACUUGACGAGUUUGAGCGUUGGCAACUAGAUAAUAGCGACUUUGAUCGGUACGAGGAGGAUCCCCGUGCCUACUGGCACAAGAGAAGGAACACCUACCCACGGCUUGCGCGCAUGGCGUUGGAUCUACACACGGUGCUUCCUAUGAGCGCCGAAGUUGAGCGGCUUGUUCAGCGUUACUGGCCAUAUGGGUUACUUCCUUUACGCAACCGGCUACAGGCGAACACAAUAUCUCUCUGUCAGAUCCUCCGCAGCUGGUACGAUGCCGGCGUGAUUGAUGAUCUCGAUCCAAUACUGUCAUGGAAGACACACGGACACAUGGAAGAUGAUUGA